UAUGUGGCGCGUCGCGGCUGCCGGGCCAUGGAGCACGCUUGCCGUCCCCCACAAUGGAGCUGGCCGAGCGGUUCCUGCUGGACGCGCUCGCCUAUCUGGAGUGCGCCCUGGGCUUCCUGUGCUUCGUGCUGCUGAAGCUGGUGGGCUCGCCCUACGGUCGCUACGCGUCACCGCGCUCCGCAUUUCGGCUGCCGGCGCGGGCCGCCUGGGCGGUGCAGGAGAUGCCCUCGCUGGCGGUGCCGUUACUCAUGUGCGCAGGCGCGACCGCCGAGCGCCUCAACCGCUGGCCCAACUGCAUUCUCCUGACCAUGUUCCUGGUCCACUACGCGCAAAGGGCCUUGAUCUUCCCAUUUCUGAUCCGAGGAGGAAAGCCCAUGCCGUUGUACACCUUUAUGCUGGCAUUCAUGUUCUGCACCUGUAACGGCUACUUGCAGAGUAGAUACUUGACCCAGUAUGCGGUGUAUGCUGACAGCUGGCUCACUGACCCCCGGUUUCUAACAGGGUUUGUCUUGUGGCUGACGGGCAUGCUGAUAAACGUCCAUUCCGAUCACAUCCUAAGGAGCCUCAGGAAACCCGGGGAGACUGGAUAUAAAAUACCAAGGGGGGGCUUGUUUGAAUACAUCACUGCAGCCAACUACUUCGGAGAGGUCGUCGAGUGGUGCGGCUACGCCCUCGCCAGCUGGUCCAUCCAAGGCUGGGCGUUUGCUCUGUUCACAUUCUGUGUCCUGCUCACCAGGGCUCAGCAGCAUCACCAGUGGUACCAUGAGAAAUUCGAAGACUAUCCAAAAUUCAGAAAAAUUAUGAUUCCGUUUUUGUUUUAAGUUCGCUGUCA